AUGAACAUGGGCGUGCAGAGCAGCGCCGGUGUGCGUGACGUCCCGGCUAAGAAGAUUAAUGCCAAGGCAGGCGCAUUUCUCCAAUGCAGGUCCAAGAUCGAGACCAACGAUACCAACAAAGCUCACAACACGUCCUCGAAAAACCACCCGAUCUUCCCCAUCCAACCCCCAGGCAACACAGCCCGUCCACGGCCUCGCCGCUGCCACAACGAAUCACCACUAUAUCCAGACCGACUCCGAUCGUCCUCACGCCGGGCACGCUGUCUCAGUCCCAGACCAUCAGAAGAAGACAUACGGUGCAAUUCCUCCACGCCCACAUCCCCUUCCACUGAUGAGAAAACAUUGCCGAGGCCAACUGUUUCUGAACAAUGGCCUACGGAUAGUGUAGCUGAGGGCGGGAAGAGCGAGUCGUCCAGGUCGCCGAGGCCGUGGAUGCCUAAGCCAAUGGCGCGUGAGCGCUCGCUUUUGGGCGUAAGCUGGCACAUGGGGAGGUGA